AUGACGGUAGCGAGAUGGGCCGGCAGGGGACAAAGCAGGGCCACCAGGCGUGUGAUGGAGGCCACUGGACUGGCACUAUUGCUCAUGGCCCAGCUAACGGACGCCCUCCCUGGGCGGUUUGACUGGCGGCACGGGGCCGGGCCGCGCGGGGGCUGUGGGGAGUGCAGGCCGGAGAUGUGCCCGGUGGGGGGGCCCCCCUGCCCGGCCGGUCGCGUGCGGGACACCUGCGGCUGCUGCUGGGAGUGCGGGAACAGAGAGGGCCAGCUGUGCGAUCUGGACUCCCUCUCCGCCCGCUUCUACGGGCGCUGCGGGGAGGGCCUGCGGUGCCGUUCCCUGCCGCGCCGGGACCGGCCCGGGCUCACCGGGGAGAGCCCCCAGGCCCAGUGUGUCUGCGCCCGACAGGAGCCGCUCUGCGGCUCUGACGGGAAGACCUACGACAACAGCUGCCAGCUUCGCGCUGCUCGCUACAGUCAGGACAAGGAGGUCAAGCUGAUGGUGGAGCACCGUGGGCCCUGCAGAGCCAAACCAAUUAUUGCCACUCCCCCCCGUGAUAUAAUCACUCUGGAUGGAAGUGACAUCAUCUUCGGGUGUGAGGUUUCAUCCUAUCCAAUGGCUGUGAUUGAAUGGAGGAAGGAGGGGAAUAGCAUCUUCCUUCCUGCUGAUGACUCCAACAUGGCCGUACAGGCACAAGGAGGACCCCGACGCUUUGAACUGACAGGCUGGCUCCGGAUCCAGAAGGUCCGGAGGGCCGAUGAAGGGGUAUACACCUGCACCGCCAAGAACAAGUUCGGGGAGGUGUCCGCGUCAGCCAGAUUGCAGGUUGUGGAGAAAGACGCACAACUGACUCAUCAGCUGCAAAAACCACAAAAAGGAGUCUAUGACCUUUCAGAUGAUGAGGAAGAUGAAGACGAUGAAGACUAUGAGGGCUUGUCAAGUGAUGAAGAUGAGGAGGAUAUUUACAUUGUUGAUGAUGAGGAGAAUGUUUUGGACGAUGAGGAUGAUGAUGGGGAUUAUGAUAAUGAUGAUGAUUAUGACAUCCCUCCACUUCUUCCAUCAACAUUGGGGCAAGACUGA